AUGGUCGCCCGCGACGAGCUCCUCCUCGUGUUUGACCUCACCUCGACCCUCCUACGAGCCGGCCUUGGCGUCCUCGACCUCAUCCGUGGUCCCCUCAUCGAGCUCCCGACCCGCGUUGGCCGCAUGGCCGGCAAGUCGGGUACCCGCGUCGAGGACUACCUCGUCGGCGCACAGCUCGCAGCCGCAGAAGCCGUCACGGCCGCAGGCGGCGCCCGCGACUUCGACAUCAUCGACCCCUGUCGCGUCGACGACCGCACCGGCUUCGAGGUCACCGACUGGAACGCGCUCGAGGCCGUCUUCCGCUACGCCAUGCACACGUCCCUCCAGCUCCAGCGUCCACCCCUCGCCCAUCCCGUCGUUCUGUCGCUCCCCUCGUCCUGCCCGCCCUCGACCGUCGACGGCCUGCACCGCCUCCUGUUUGAGCGCCUCCUCCUCCCGCAGCUCCUCGUCGGCACCCGCCCCUUCUUCGCUUCGGGCGCAGCCGGCGCCCUGUCGUGCGUCGUCCUCGACCUCGGCUACCGCGGCGAGGGCUCCGAGAUCUCGGUCGUGCACGACAACCAGGAGCUGCCCGGGCCCUCGGGCCUGCGCCUCGCCCAUCUCGACGAGGGCGUCUGCGACGACUACUGCGCCCUCAAGCUCCUCGAGGCUCACCCGGACAUCCCGCACCAGCUCGCCACCGCCGCGGGCCGCCCGAGCGGCGCCGACCUCGCGCCGGGUGAGCUCGCCCACGCCCUGCGCCGCAUCGUCGGCGAGCUCAAGGUGCGCGACUUGAUCGGGCUCGAGAGCCCGCUCGUCGCCGGCCUCGGUGCGUCGGCGAGCGUCGGUGCGAUUGGCGGAGGCGGCGUUGCGGGCGUCGACGGGCUCGAGGGCGAGGACGGCAGCUUCGACGUCGCCAAGGCCAUCGUCGAGGGCAAGGUCAACGACAUUGUCAAGGGCGGCACCAAGGGCAAGGGCAAGGACAACGGCUCGACCUCGGACGCCGAGGGCGACUUUGUCGUCGUCGCCAACCCGUUCGCGCCCGCUCAAGCCGCCGCCGCCGCACCAGCUCCCGCCGCCGCCAACGGCGAGACGGACCUCACGGCGCCCGUCGCACCGGCCCCAGGGACGACCCUGCGUCUUGGGCCCGCCCGCCACCGAUACCUCGAGCCGCUGUUCCGCCCGUCGCUCAUCGCGCAGCUCGCGCCGAGCGCGUCCCCGGCGGCGGCCCAGCUCGGCCUCGGCGAGUACGAGCGCUUUGCGCACCGCGCAGACGGCGUCGACGCGAGUGUCGCAGAGGCGAUCGGCGUCGCGCUGAGCGCCGUCGAGGACGCAGAGGUGCGCGCAGCCGUCGGAGAGGCGAUCGUCGUCAUCUCGAGCGGGCGCAUCGCGAGCAACCGGGCGCUCGGCCCGGCCUUGAUCCCGCUCCUGUCGCCGUUCCGCUCGGACCUCGCCGCCGGCUACGACGCCGAGGGCCAGCCCCUCACGCGCCCGAUGCGCUACCUGCGCGCGCCAGAGUACUUUGCCAACUUCAAGGAGCGGGCGGGAGAGUGGAUGGUGUACCUCGGCGCGUGCGUCAUGGGCAAGCUCCUCAUUGGCGACUCGCAGUCCAAGCUGUUCAUGACCAAGCAGGACUACGCCAACUUUGGGCCCUCGUUCUACCGCCAGCUCGACCCGAUACAGGCACAGUAGACGUCGUCGCAUUGCAAAGAAAACCCUCUCCGUAUCCUCGAAACAGAGAGAGAGAAAAGCCCGCUCGCCCUGUUCACUUCUUCUUCUUGCGCCGCGCCGCCGCCUUGGCCGCGCUCGGGUUCCUCGGCACCUGCGGAGCCUGCGGACCCUGCAUGACGC